AUGGAGCUUUGUGCUGCAGUGCUGGCAACCAAAUUGAUUCAUGAGGUUUCACAAAUUAUGAGGGUUCCGAAGACAAACUUAUACGCAUGGUCAGAUUCAACUGUGUUCCUUGCUUGGUUAGGAGGAGAACCAAGUCGAUGGGCAACAUUCGUGAGCAACAGAGUGUCUGAGAUACUAACUGUAUUAGAUCGUGAUCAAUGGAACCAUGUAAAAACGGAUCAGAUACCAGCAGACUGUGCCUCGAGAGGUAUGUCUAUCGCUGAGCUUGCUGUUCACAAUUUGUGGUGGGAUGGUCCAGAUUUUCUACAUCAUCAAAAUGAGUACAAGAUUGACCAAGGUUACGAAACGAACGAAGAAGAGAGACCCAAGAAAACUUUAGCUGCUGUAGUUCAAAUUAAAGAA